AUGAGCAGCAUGUCUGAUCCGCACAAGCCUUUCGCGGGGCCUCUGCCACCAUUGCCGUCAGCAUCAACCUCUCUCCCGAGUAUCCACUAUGUCGAAGGUCCCUUUUACUCGGCCCUUCACCAGGCGUGGGACACCACAGCUACCACGUCGAGUAAGUCCCCCUUCAGCGAUGAGCUUCGCGCAGCCAUCGACAAGGCGGAGGAGAAGACCAAAGUCAAUCUGCCUGGCCGAUCAAGAUCCUAUCACGACGAGCAGCUUAACAAGAUGGAAGAGGUGGGCGAAUACAUAUUGUGGACAUCUCUGGUGCUGGAGAGGCUUACAGCCGAGUUUGUCGAAGGACGAUAUCUCUCGGACACCAUUAAUGAGCUCCGUAAACGCUUAUGGGAGGAUGACUUAUCGGCAAUGACAGUCAAUGCGAGCGUAAGCAAGUUGAGACCCUCGCUCAUACAGAGACUCAAUGAUGAGUGGAACAUCAACUGCUGGACCGGUGAGACUGAAGAUUGGUUCAACAAGACCAUCGAGACGCAACUCAACAAGCGCGGCAAGGGCGAAUGGAGAUGCGUGAGGGGUCUCAAAUGUAAACAGGGCGGUGUUGUUGAUGGCGUCGUGAGGGUCUUUGAGCGUCAUUCUGAGUUCAAGUGA